AUGCACUUUUCUUCCACCCUCGGCGUUUUCACGGCAACGGCCGUACACCUCAUCCACCCUGCAUCUGCGAGUUACGAACCCGGAAAAGCUGUGCAAGUCAACUUCUACUCCAACUCAGGCUGUUCUGCCUACACUAGCGAAACGGCAGCUUGGUGGACCCGUCCGCCUCGAGCUGGCGAAAAUGUCAAUGGGGGAUCUGCGCCUGACUGCUUCUCACUGAACACGCCAGGCAAUAGUGGAAGCUUGAAUGUCGCCAAUGUGUGGAAGGGCAGUGGUGCCAAGAGUUCAGGGGGGUGCUCUCUCUAUGAUGGAUAUAACUGUGGUGGUGCGUCCACGUAUGCCCGUUUCCAGGAUGGCACUGGGACCUGUAUUGCAUCGAGAAGCUCCAACGGGUUGCUGUGGAAGAGCACUCGUUGCGGCGUAAACCCAAGCUAG